AUGUCGCAACUCAUCCCAAGCACCACACCCAUUCGAACAUUUAAAGAUCAUACAUCCUUCAUAUGGGGUGCAGCAGUGUUCCCCGAUAAACGACGAAUGAUCACGAGCUCGCCCGACAAGACGCUUCGUCUGUGGGACGUGAAGACAGGUGCAGUGUUGAAGAAGAUGGAGGGGCAUAGCAGCGGGGUGUGGGGAUUGGCAGUAUCACGAAACGGGCAAAUGAUAGCAAGCGGUGAUGAGAACGGAGAGAUCAUCGCCUGGCACGGAGAAACUGGGGAAUCUCUCAACCAACCUAUCAAAGCCCACUCCACUUCGAUCUACACUUUGGACUUUUCACCCGAUGGUACGGUGCUAGCCACUGGUUCAUUUGACCAAAUGACGAAGCUUUGGAACACCAAAACAUGGCAGCCUCAAGGAAAUCCAAUCCAAUGUAGUGGCUUCGUCUGGUGUGUUCGGUAUUCGCCGUCCGGCAAACAUCUUGCCAUCGCAACAUCCAACGGUAUCGAAAUUUAUAAUUCAAGCACACGGGAACGCUUCAAGGAUCACACAUCAAACCAAUUUUCACUCGCGUGGACGCCCGAUGGCAAACGCCUUCUCUCGGGGGGCGAUAGAAACGAUCCUACCAUACGGGAGUGGGAUACAUCUACUUGGACGCAGGUCGGUGAUCCCUGGAAGGGCCACACUCACUGUGUCCGUGCCAUUGCCAUUCAUCCUGCGGGCACCCACGUCGCCUCCUCAUCUGAUGACACUCAUGCUCGUCUCUGGCGUCUCUCAGAUCGACAAACCAUCGCCAUCUUCCAACACUCCUCUGCAACGUACUGCGUCACUUUCUCCAUGAACGGCAUGCACAUCCUCAGCGGAGGUUAUGAUAACAUGAUCUCACAGUGGGAGGCACCCAAGGACAUCCUCUCUGUCAAUGCAACCGCCCAUGAUGCAUGCAUCGCGGGGGACUUGUCUACCGCUGAAGAGGUAUUCACACAGGAGAUCAACGCCGAUGAAUGCGACUACACCUCGUUUGCCAAUCGUUCAUUCAUCAUGGCGCGAAAACACGACUACGACCACGCGCUUGAAGAUGCCACCAAGUCCGUCGCCAUUCAACCCUCCUUGAUAGGUUAUAUCUCCAAGGGCAUCGCCCUAUGCGGAAAAGGGCAGGUCCAAGACGCGAGGACAGCAUUUAACAUCGCAUUCAUGUUCACGAACGAAGAGUCAAAAAUCAUCCAUUUUCUUCUCUUGAUUCAGGUCAUCGCACUAUUUGGUGCAGAUCAACAUCAGGAGGCAAUGCAGCUUGUCCAACAGCUGGCUGCAGCCUGCCCAGAUGACAAUACUCUCGCGUAUCGUGUCGUGGAAGCCUAUCCUACGUGUUCAGCUCGGAACCAGUGCCUUGAAUGGCUCGCGGCACGACGAAGCCUGCAGACCACUUCACUGCCGCUAUUCCAGUCCAGCGCUUUUUUGUCAGGGUCGGAUCAUUCAUUUUGUGUACAAGGACUUGGUGGUGGGAGACUCCGAGAAGCCCUCGAAUCACAUCAAUACAUGAUGGAUAUGAGCGACGAACCUACGAAGGCCAGCUGCUUCGACUGGUCCACUGCUUUCACGCAAGAGUGUAGAGUACUUUGUCUUGCCAACGGAGACGCAGCGCUCGCUGCAAGUGACUAUGACAGGGCCAUCGAGCUGUAUUCAGUGAUUAUCGACCUAGAUUUUGCAAACGACAUUAUCUUUGCAAACCGUAGUAGGGCAAAGUCGCAAAAAAUGCUAUGGGACGAUGCCGUUCUCGAUGCGCAAAAGGUCAUUGAACUUAAUCCUUCGUCUCACGUUGGAUACGAAUUGAAGCAUACAGCGCUUCACGCAGCCCAGCGCUACGAUGAAGCCAUUGAGGCCUUGGAAAUGAUGAUCUUGAAAUUGGAGAGUGCUACCGACACGCAAAUACGAAAGCUACGCGAACAGUAUGUCAGUCUCUCCGAAGCAGCAAGUGCCAUUCGAAAGGUCGUCCACAUUCAACUCAAUCUUACCCCGCUGCGUCUACUUAACACCGCCACCGGACUCUUAUGUGACCGAGAAGCGCAGAUUGGCGCCUUCGAAACAAGAACAGAGUACAAGGAGCUUCUGGUAUCGACGAUGAAGCACCCUAACCUCGGAAUGGAGCACAUGACAGAAGUGGUGGCGACAUACUUCCGGUGCACCAUGCUAUCGCAUAGGUGGGAAGGGACGGAGCCAUUGCUGCAUGACGUCAAGGACAAGGACAUAUACGAGUUGAACCCGGCCGGCGGUCUCGCGAAGUUGCAGUCACUCUGCGAAAUUGCUCGUAAGGCGGAGUAUCACUGGGCGUGGAUGGAUUCGUGUUGCAUCGACCAGACGAACAAUAUCGAGGUCCAAACAUCACUGGAUUCCAUGUUUGCCUGGUAUCAUCAUUCAGCGCUCACGACUGUCUACCUGUCUGAUGUUUCGCCUUCGUCCACGUCUGGCGCGCUGGCAAAGAGCACUUGGAAUACCCGAGGAUGGACCGUCCCGGAAUUCCUAGCUCCUAAAGUCAUUCGAUUCUACCAACAGGAUUGGACACCAUAUCUCAACGACCACUCCCCCAACCACAAAGAAUCUGUCGAGAUCAUGCACGAGUUGGAGAGUGCAACGGGCAUAGAAGCACGCGCCCUCGUUGCCUUCCAACCCGGGAUGAGAGACGCCCGAGAUAUACUCCAAUGGGUGUCUGCGCGCGUCACCACUAGGCCAGAAGAUAUUGCAUACUCAUUGUUUGGCAUUUUCGGUGUCCGACUUCCUAUCAAUUAUGGCGAGAAUAGGCAAAAUGCGGUCGGGCGGCUCCUGCAGGAGAUCGUGGCUCAGUCGGGCGACAUCACUGCCCUCGACUGGGUCGGACAACCAUCCACGUUCAACAGUUGUCUUCCAGCCAACAUUUCCUCAUACGCAACUCCACCAUGCACCCUCCCAUCUUUGUCUGAAGACGAAAUCCAGACCGCGGUCAUUUCGCUGCAAAACACCGUGGCUGUGGAAUUGGCUGUAAAACUUUAUGACCAGCUUGACAAUACAAGCACCCCUCGCUUCGCGAACUGCAGACUGCAUCUGCCUUGCAUCGCAUUCCGUGUCACGGAACUCAGACGGAAAAGUGGCCCAGCCCAAGAGACCCGCUUCACGUAUGGAGUGAAGGCAGACGGGCUUGACAACCUGCUGAUCACCACGAAAGAGUCGUUGGUUCAGUUCUCGCGGGCAAAGCCUACUCGGCAGACAUUCUUACUUGUCCGUCCAUGGGACAGUCGUCUCCUCGAGCUGCCUGAUUUUGCAGAGCUGCCUGCCCUUGGAGACGAUGCGGAGAGCUUUGAAGAGUGGUCCGAGCCCGAGUCUCCGUUAGACGACUCACCCGGCGGUUCUCUUAUAGAAGAAGAGCUGGAUGAUUCAGAAUCUCACUCGCGAGCCUUGCGACUGAUGGUUCGCCUUGGGCAGCCGUUCGGGGCAUUUUUACUAACACGACAGCCUAACGGAGAAUACACGAGGAUUGCAUCAGAUUAUAGUAUUAUCGCACAAGUCAAAGACGUGACUUCUAUUCCCAACAUCAUGAGCGGAGUCAGGAUCGUAGAAAUAUUGUAACUGUAUCUUUUUCUUCAAGACCGGGGAUCUCUGAACGGGUUUCGUUUUUCCCUUGACGAUCCAUAUGCAUACGCAGAUAGUCUAUGAUUCCUUCGACUAAGCAGCUAUUCAUUUCAUCACGGCCGAGGUAAUACUUGUCUGUCGUACAUCAUCCAAGCCUUUUCAUCCUCCCCCACAACCCCGCAUUUACCCGACGCCUUCGCUAUCAUCAAUUUACGCCUCGGAUCCUCUUGGUUAUGCCUCUUACAACCAGUAGUACACGAACCGACACCACAUUCAGCUACACAUCCCCAAUAGCCAUGUUCAUGACCUCCCUGGUACCUCAAGUAGAUUUCUUGAGUCGUCUUUAAAGUUUUCGUUCGAGUUUUUGUUUGUGUACUAAGUGUUCGAAUCCGUACAACUAGAGCCGCUUUACAUUGAUC